UAUCUGGGCAGAUGGCAUCCUACCGAGCAUGCCCUCUCCACCUCCACAGAUCGCAUCGCCGCCCAGGGAAACGAUGAGCCGCGAGGCCAGCGGCGCGUCGGUGAGCUCUGCCCCGGUGCCCGAGCCAGAGCGGCAGCAGGGGCAGGGGAACCAAGGGGAGGAGGCGGGGUGGACGCCGCUGGAGAAGGUGUCGGAUAAAGUGGAGGAGCUGUACAGUCUCCGCGACACCUUCUUCCCCCGAGACCCCUCCGAGAAGUCUGCGUCCCUCCGCGCCUGCGCCGACGCCGCCCUGGGAGUCCUCGAUUCCCUGCCUCCCGAGCAAAGAAAAUCCCCAGAAGAGCGUGUUAUUUAUGAAUUUUUGAUGGGGAAAAUACUCGAUGCCUUCCCAGAUUAUUGUAAGGAGGCUGAAGAGCAUUUAUCCAAAGCAGUAAAGCUGAAUCCAUCUCUUGUGGAUGCAUGGCUCUGUUUGGGUAACUGCAUCUGGAAGAAGGGGAAUUUGGCAUCAGCAAGGAACUGUUUCUUAUUAGCACUAAGUAAGGGUGCAGAUAAGAAAAUACUAUGUCAACUCUCAAUGCUUGAAAGGAGUAUGGCUCAAUCUAGUGAAGACCAAGCGUUGUUAGUGGAAGAGAGCAUUAAUCAUGCAAAAGAAGCUGUAAUGCUGGACAUAAAAGAUGGAAAUUCCUGGUAUAAUCUGGGUAAUGCAUACCUCACAAGCUUCUUUGCGAGCGUAGCCUGGGACAAAGCUAGGCUUCAUCAUUCGAUCAAAGCAUAUCAAAAUGCUGAGAAGGAUGAAACUAUGAAACUAAAUCCAGACCUCUACUAUAAUUGUGCCACAGCUUACAAAUACUUAGAGAACUAUGAAAGUGCCCUUCGCGGAUAUGAAGCUGCUGCGUUAAAAGAUCCUGCUCUCAGGGCUGACAUAGAAGUUCAGAAGAUCAUCAAUCUCCUUGAUAAGUUAGAGAAUGCAACGAAGGUACCUUCUGUAACUAUAGGACGACUACGACCCAAGAGAUCAGCAUCAUUGGUGUCAUCUCUGAAUGAAGUCAAUUUCAAGUUAUUCCACAAGAAAGCAACCAUAAGCAUCCUAUCAGGAGGUUUGAACAAGACAGUUGCUGUUGUGUGUAAAGUGGUUCUUUGGAUAAGACAUGACGAUGAUGCUCCACUGUAUUAUUUAACAUGUGACUUGGAUCAGUCUUAUUUCAUAGUAUCAGUUUACGGGCUACAGAAUGAAGCAAUUAAAGAAGGCGAUCGAGUGGUACUGCUGGAACCAUACUACAAAAUCCUAGAUAUAUCUUGGAAAGAACAGCGCUAUAAGUUCAAGUCAAUUCGUGUGGACUUCCCAGAACAAAUUAUUAUCAACGAGAAAGCUCCAGCUGCUCAUCAGGUUGCCCGGGCUUCAAUCCGUGCUCAGCAUAAACCAUAGUUGUUGGCAAAACACUCCAAUUAUUACCUUAUUUGCUGUACUGGACUUUUAGGCGUACAAGAGAAAGUGUACACAAAAAGGUUAUUAAUUGAUGUCCAUCCACUCAUUAUGCAUAUAAUUCCAUGUAAAUAUUUUUUGUAGAGUACACCGUUGGCAUAAUAAUUUUUAUAGAAGUCAGCAAACAAAUUUACAGGGCGCUCAAAGGCUCAAAGGAACAA